CAUCUUGCAGCUCCUCUUUCUGCGCGAUAGGCGCUCGACUAGCAGGGGCUGCCUGUUGAGAUGCGCCCCCUCGAUCACAGGAAACACUCAGACGAAGUAUUUGGAGGCAAACGUUUUCCUAAUAAAUGUCAGCAAAGGACAGACGGGGGUUUAGCAAAUACUUACCGACAGGAGGAAGAGCAUGUUUGUUUGUCAGAGGCCAUCAAGACAUCACGGUUAAGGUUUAUGCGUCACUCCAAAUAACAUUUUCUCACGUGUCACUUAGUUAAAUAGGGUGCGACACACUUGAGUUUUGAGUAAUGUCAGUCACAAUAGUUUUAAUGAGAAACAUUUUACGCUUACGUGUUAGCAAUUAAGAUAAGACAACAAAACUAACGUGACGUUUUUUUUUGUGGGACUUGAAUGCAUCUUCGUAUCGAUGAAUCUCCGCUCGAUAAAAUGACAGACAACAGUUUCCACCAAUCAGAGACCGUCUGUCCUGCCCCAUGGAAAGUGCUGCUUUUCGACCAAUGGUAACCGUCGCAUUGAAGCACGUGCCGAUUUCGCGGCAAAAAGAUUUCGCGCGAAAACUGUCCGAGUCUUGUUUAGAUGUAGAUCAGCUGGGACAAUAACAACAAUAACAGCCGUUAACGGGGUCGGAACGGCGCUUUUAUAAAUGGACCGCGCCCGGUGUGAGCAACCGACGGACUGGCGGCUGCUGUUUUAAAGAAACGCUUUUAUUUCACCGGUUUAUUCCUUACAUUUCCAGUUUUGUCCGACUGCUUCCUGCGUGCCCCAACAAAACGAGGGGGAUAAAGAAUUUCGGCUAGUAACUCAGCUAGCAUGCUAAUCCGCCCUAUAUUUUCAUAUGUAACGAUAUCGCGUUAUACUCCGCUGAGCUAACUGUCGCUUCAUCACGUGUACUCCCAAAAAUGCGUUUGGACUUGUGGUGAUGUGGUUUGCGUCGCAGAUAUUUUAUUUCGAUAGCUCACUUCUGGAGUGCUGCUAUAAAGUUUUAAUAGCCAUUUAACAGACUCCCGUCUGAGGUGUAAGGAUACAUUAUGUUUUGUUGACUUAAAUAGCUAGUUUGUGGGCUGCACUUGGUUGUUUGUGAACUUGUGUCGGUCUUUGUUGUGAGGACACGAGCUAGCUGUGUUAGCAGGGCUGGUCGUUGUGUUAAGGGCAGUGUGGCCAGGCCUCGCGGCUCUACUGUCACGUUACUGACAGGAGAGAUGAAAACAAAAGACUAGCUUGCUAGCUCGCUAACCCGCAGCGUUUACAGCAGCCACGGCCGAAUUCGCGACUCUUUCUUUGCUAACAUAUCAGCGGCUGAGCCCCGAGGCUUCGAGCUGGAAUGUUUUGGUGUUUAGCAAUAGUCUUUUAUUGGCCAAAUUUCCUGUUUGGCAGAACAUCCUGUGCUGCCGUUUCACCACCAGCCCAAUAUUGUUUUUUCAGCAGUUAGCUUACAAUAGGUUAUCAUUUACGUUUAAGUGAUAUUGUUGUUUAUAAUGCAUUUGUAGCUUUUUUUAAAAUUUAUUUUAUAAGCAAUAAGAUGUACAAUAGGGAAGGGGUAACUUUUUAAAGACAUGUCCAAGCUGCCUGUAAACGCCUGCAAACAAACUUUCAAACGGUUUCAUCAUUGUUCCUUAAAUUCACGGACUACAGCAAAUCCAAGUGGGUGUUGAUACUCAAACUUGCAGCACCUCAGCUCGCCCCUGAAGUCCAGUGAAGAGGGUUACCCCGGGGACACACCGCAAUGUCAGAGACUCUGAUAACAGGGCAGACAUCGGAGGAUCUGUUGGCUGACUUUGAGACUCUGCUGAACUCUGGGGGCAUCGACCUGAGCGAGAACCACCAGAUAGUGAUCAUCACCAGCCCCAGCAAUGAGGGACUCAACCCGGCCGUCGCCCCCACCAGCACGGGGGAGAUCCUGCUGUUCGCCACGCCGCAGGGCCCUGUCGACGUGGGGACCCAGGACAAGAGACGACCAGCUCUGGGAAGACCUCCGGUAAAGAGGAAGUUGGACCUGGACAGUGACCAUCAGUACGUCAGCACAACUCGACCGUCCAUAGGCCAAGCACCACCCUCCACACCUGCUCCUCCCAGAGUUCCUCGAACCACGACGGAGAAGUCCCGCUACGACACCUCCUUGAACCUGACCACCAAGCGCUUUCUGAACCUGUUGUCCCAGUCGGCUGACGGCGUGGUGGAUCUGAACUGGGCCUCGCAGGUCUUGGACGUCCAGAAGAGACGCAUCUACGACAUCACCAAUGUCCUGGAGGGAAUUCAGCUCAUCUCCAAGAAGUCCAAGAACAACAUCCAAUGGCUUGGUAAUCGCGUUGAUGCGGCGUUGGUUUCCCGCCAUAAGGAGUUGCAAAGAGAGGUGUGUGACCUCACAGACGCUGAGGAGCAGCUGGACGAGCUCAUUUCCAAAUGCAACCUACAGCUCCGACUGCUCACAGAGGACCCGCCGAACAAGAAGCUGGGCUACGUGCGCUGCCAGGACUUGAAGAAGUCCUUCGAUUCCCCGGACCAGCUGGUCAUGGUGAUCAGAGCGCCACCAGAGACCCAGAUGCAAGUUUCAGAACCCAGCAAGGGUUACCAGGUGUCGCUGAAGAGCACACGUGGUGCGAUUGACGUCUUCCUCUGUCCAGAGGACAGCUCCGGCGUCUGCAGCCCCGUGACAGGAAGCAGUCCCUCCAGUCCCGAUGCCGACCCAUCCCUGGUCCCGCCUCCCACACAACCCACGGACCAGUCGCAAGCCAGAACCUCUGCAGCGGAGCUAGACGAGGGUUCGUCGUCGCCAGCGUCCAUGUCCUCCACCGUGACGGCAGCCUCCCGGCAGGACCCCUCAUCACUGGUGUUAGGUGGCGACGCAGAAUCGCUGCUGGGAGGGGACCCGUUCUCCGGCCUCGGAGACAUGCCCGAUUUCGACCUCUCGCCCCUCUCCUCCUCGGACUUCCUGAAUGCAGAUGGCAUUCCUCUCCCACUGGACGGUUUCAUCAACCUGUCCCCCCCUCACAGUCACGACUACCACUUUGGACUGGAGGACCACGAGGGCAUCAGUGAACUGUUUGACUGUGACUUUGGCGACCUAUCGCAGGUUUUGGGGGACGGUUAGAUGCGGGAGGAGAGGAGGAGCACGUGGGCCUCUAGAUUUAGGACUCAUCCCCAGCUCCCUGGGCCUUCCAGAAGAGGGCUGGACAUCGACAUUUUAACGGCAAAUAUCUGUCGAAAGUCCAAACUUAAUGUUUUAAUUGUGCGGUUGUGGGGGGGGAAAUGAUUUGUGUGUCAAUUGCCUGUCAUCCUCAAAAUUCCAAAAUCUGUUCCCCAAAUUGUACAGCACAUUAUCACCAGUUAUCUUUGGCCGUUUAAACUCUUGGCAAAGACUUUAGCUUUAGCAUAGCUAUUUAAAUUAUUUAUAUGAAUGUUAUUUUGAUAACUUUGUACGUGCGUUGUUUUGUUUUUUUGUCGUUUGUUAUUGAUAAUCUUUAAUCCAGGUGGACUGUGCAGGUGUUUGGACUCAUAGGGCUGGUUUCCUUAACACAGAUUAGCCUACAUCCGAUCCAUGCGGCUGGUUUUUGUGACGUCUCGGUCUGAACAGGAAAGGUUCGCAUCCCGCUGCCGAAGCUGGUUCUGUGAAACCAGCAUUUUGAGACGGGGAAGUUUCAGGGGGGGGGGGGGGCUGUUUCAAAAGCGUCUUGUAGCUGUGCUGCAGUUUCAC